AUGGCAGCCAUUGACCUGUGCCCAAUAUGGGCUCUGCCUACACAGGACUCUGCCUGUUUCUAUGUGAGAAAUACUGAGGGGGAAAGGAUAGUGCCUGGAUUCCCAGCAACCUGGUUACAGGGACCAGUGUCCUUUAAGGAUGUGGCUGUGGAGUUCACCCAGGAGGAGUGGAUGAUGUUGGACUCUGCUCAGAGAAGUAUGUACAGAGAUGUAAUGUUGGAAAACUAUGUAAAUUUCACCUUAGUGGAAUAUCAAUUAUGCAAGCCUGUGAUCUCCCUGUCGGGUCAAGAAGACAUAAGAACUGUGAAAAGGAGAAUUCCCCAAGGCACCUGUCCAGACUGGGAGAUUCAACUGAAAACCAAAGAAUCAACUUCUAACCAGAAUAUUUUUGGGGGAAAAUCAUCUAGUGGCAAGAAAAUGAUAAGAUUCACAAUGGAUGAUUGGUCUCCCACAUUAAGAGCAGACUGGGAAUGCCAUAAAAUCAGAAAACAGCACAAGAUCCCAGAGGGGAUUUUGAGGCAAGUGACAUUUACUCAAAAGAAGGGAGCAUCUCAGGAGAGAUUGUAUGACUAUCAUGAAUUAGAGGAGGACUCUAAACUCAGAUCAAAACUUUUUUCAAAGAGAGUUUCCAUCAGUAAACAUUGCCAUAAGUGUUACUUAGAUAUUGAGUGUUUGAAGCAUAAUUCAAUCCUAAACAAUUAUGAAAAAAACUCUGUAAGUGAGAGGGUCUGUGAAAGUCAUGAAUAUGACAGAGCUCUGUGGCAUCUUGAAAGAACUCAAACAGCACAAAAAGAGUAUACAUGCUCCAAACAUGGCAUACACUUUAAACAUAAUAAUAUGCUUCCUAUAUGCAACAAUUAUCAUAUGGGGGAGAAUUCCUAUGAGUGUAAUAAAAACAAAACCUUUUGUCAUCAUUCAUCCCUUAAGCAACAGGAGCAAACUCCUACUGAAGAGAAGCAUGAACGUAAUCAACGUGGAAAAGCCUUCAAAAGGAUUUCUAAUCUUAUUUUGCACAAGAGAAGUCACAUGGGUGAGAAACAAUAUGAAUGUAAAGAAUGUAGGAAAGUCUUCAAUGAUUCCUCAACCCUAAGGAGACAUGUAAGAACUCACACUGGUGAGAAACCCUAUGAAUGUAAUCAAUGUGGAAAAGCUUUCAGUCAAAAAACAUCUCUUAAGGUUCACGUGAGAACUCACACUGGAGAGAAACCUUAUGAGUGUAAUCAUUGUGGAAAAUCCUUUGGCACAAGUUCUUACCUUACAGUGCACAAGAGAAUACACAGUGGGGAGAAACUCUAUGAAUGCAGUGACUGUGGAAAAGCCUUCAACACAAGCUCUCACCUUAAAGUUCACAAGAAAACACACACUGGAGAGAACCUUUAUGAAUGCACUGACUGUGGGAAGGUUUUUAGUGGUCUCUCAUCUCUUAGAAUGCAUGUGAGAACUCAUACCGGGGAGAAACCCUACGAAUGUAAGGAAUGCAGGAAAACCUUCAGUGUCUCCUCUUCCCUUAGGAGACAUGUGAGAACUCACACUGGAGAGAAACCCUAUGGCUGUAUUCAAUGUGGAAAAACCUUCAGUCAGAGUUCUUCACUUACUAUACACAAGAGAAUUCAUACUGGGAGAGAAACCUUGUAA